AUGUUUUCGACGGGACCAUUACAACGCUGGACAUUUGAAUUGGUUGAGAUGAGUAGUGGCUCCAGCAAUCCCGAUAUUUUAGACUUAAAAUAUGAAAUUGUACGUUUAGGUCGUGGUAAAUAUGGCUUCAGUGGUUUCAUGGAUUUCAAAGUCGAUUUUUAUGAUGAUGUCAAAGUUGGUGGCACCAUUGAAAGAAGCCGAUAUCGUGAUGGCCCCUACAGCAUGUUUCCAAUGGGCAUUCAAAAUGAAUCAUUGUCCAGCGUAAUGAAUAAAUACUACAAACAUAUUUUACAGCCGGUGGCGGAAAAGUGCUGUGAAAAUGCUCCAAUUAUUACGAAUACAUUUAAGGAGCCCUUAACAAAACGUAAUAUAACAAUUAAUAAUUGCGCUCUGUCCACCGAUAAUUUGCCAAAUGUAAUAAUGGAGGGUUAUUAUAGACUUCGUGUGACAUUAACUGGACCAGCUGAUAUAUAUGUGGAGACUAUAUCAUUGGUGGAACCUAAGAUAUUUUAA